AUGAGACGGACCGCUACAGUUAAGGACUAUCAGCUACAUGAGCGUACCCAGGUUACACUGUUUAUCUCAAGCGGUUACUGGCAGGGCUGCAGCUCCGCGUACGCGCCACUACCCCCGCCCCACGUUUCGCGUCUCAGGUUCUCUUUUGUCCAGAGGGGCAUCGCAUUGGAUCAUUGCAUUCUGGAGCAGAGGGGAGCAUCGCUGGUGAGUUAUAUGACUAACUCCACGAGAAUAUGGUGCACGGUCAUAGUUGCCGCAGGAGUGUCGGGACCCCACUGGGUUCGGAAAUGCGCCAUGUUUGUGCGAGCAAUGAGUCUGACAGACAUGAGUGGUCUUCCUUUGCCCAGGGCAGCACAGCUGGCCUUGUCGGCUCGGAGCACCGAUAAUCUGGACGGAUCCGGGGAGCCCGCUACCCGCUCAGUGGGCACCACUGCCAACUUGAAGGGGAAGAUGAGCAAGAGGCUAUCUGUUGUGAAAGGCCACUUCCCCAAACUUGUUGACUGUGCCCACUUCCACUAUGAGACUGUUGACUUUGGUUCCAUUGAGCUGCAAUUUGCAAAUGAACAGAGUGAUGCCAGCUGGAGUUCAGGCAGUGCCAAAGACCUGGUCUUCCUGGUGCAGGUUUCCUGCCAGGGUAAGACGUGGAUGGUGCGACGCUCGUACGAGGAGUUCAGGACGCUGGAUGCUCACCUGCAUCAGUGCAUCUAUGACCGUCGCUACUCCCAGCUUCUGCCUCUGCCCACGCUCAGCGAGAUCGGAGAACGCCUGGAGAUAUUCACCCCACUGUUAUCUGAGUACCUGAGUCGUCUCUCCAUGAUUGUGGACAACAAGCUUAACUGUGGGCCUGUGCUCACAUGGAUGGAGAUUGACAACCGUGGAAACAGGUUUCUCUUGAAGGAAGAAGCCUCUUUAAACGUUCCUGCCAUUGCCGCUGCUCACGUCAUCAAACGUUACACGGCCCAAGCCAGCGACGAGAUCUCCAUCGAGGUAGGCGACAUUUUGUCUGUGAUUGAUAUGCCACCCAAGGAAGACACGACCUGGUGGAGAGGAAAACAUGGUUUUCAGGUUGGCUUCUUUCCCAGUGAGUGUGUGGAGCUCAUCAACGAGAAGCUGCCGCAGUCAGUCAGCGCUCCUGCCGCUAAGCUAGAGGGUGAUCCAGCCAGCACUAAACCUGGUAUUGCCAAUGCACCUGGACCCCCUUCUCCUACAUCAGUGUCUAAGAAACACGGCAAACUGAUGGGUUUCCUGCGCACGUUCAUGAAGUCCAGGCCCACGAAACAGAAGCUGAAACAGAGGGGCAUUUUGAAAGAGCGAGUCUUUGGCUGCGACCUGGGCGAACAUUUGCUUAACUCCGGACAAGACGUUCCCCAGGUUUUAAAGAGCUGUGCAGAAUUCAUAGAGAAACAUGGCAUUGUGGACGGCAUCUACAGGCAUUCCGGGGUGUCCUCAAAUAUACAGAAACUCAGGCAUGAGUUUGACAGUGAGAAUAUUCCGGACCUGACUAAAGACGUGUACAUGCAGGACAUUCACUGCGUGGGAUCUCUGUGCAAGCUCUAUUUCAGGGAGCUGCCUAAUCCACUGCUCACCUACCAACUUUACGACAAAUUUGCUGACUGUAUGGGGGAGAUGACGGAAGAUGAGCGUAUGGUGAAGGUUCAUGAUGUCAUCCAACAGCUCCCGCCUCCCCAUUACAGGACUUUGGAGUACCUCAUGAGGCACCUUGCCAGUCUGGCCACCCACAGUGUAGAGACAAACAUGCACAUCAAAAAUUUGGCCAUUGUUUGGGCUCCUAACCUGCUCAGGUCCAUGGAAAUAGAAGCAGUGGGGUUGAGUGGCGCUGAUCCAUUCAAAGAGGUACGAAUCCAGUCAGUGGUCGUGGAGUUUCUACUCAGCAACGUGGAGCUGCUCUUCAGUGACUCCUUCACGUCUGUGGGUCGCUUCAACACAGGGAGGCAGUCCUUGACAAGGCCCAAGUCAUUUGUGUCCACCAGACUUCUGUCUCUUGAGGAAGCACAGGCCCGAACGCAAGCACCUCUACUCCUGCAGGGGGCGCCACUGUCCCUUCAGGGACAGUUCCACACAGUGCUAGAUCUGCCUGCCGACAGGAGGAAAAGAGGGAUCAAGUCUCGAAAAUCUGCUGGUGGAAGCUGGAAGACGUUUUUUGCCAUUGGGAAACCUGCAGGCUCAGGUCGCCGCAAGCCCAUCAGGAUCACUUCUUUAUUCCAGCCUGCCACCUCUCACGCAGGUUGCAGGGUUGACAGUGUUACUUUGAGAUCAGCUAAGAGUGAAGAGUCUUUGUCUUCCCAGCACAGCGGGGCAGGUCAAGGUAAGAUCCAGCGCUUGCGGAGGCCUCGCUCCAGCAGUGAUGGCUUAUCUCUGGCUGCCUCUGUGGACCCUCAGCUGCUGCCCCAAAGGCCCCCAUCCCGUCUGCCUUCCAGCCGCUCAUACGACAGCCUGCUCCCCGAAGAGACACGUGAGCCUGAGGAGGAUGAUGAUGAUGAUGAAGACGAGGAGGAUGAGGAGGGUGUCUACAUGCUACCUGAUUUCUCACAGGACCAUGCAGCCUCCUGGAUGGCUGAAGAUGUGAUUGACUUCAGCCCCACCUUUUUAGAAGAUGGACCAAUCGGAUUGGGGAGCAGCAAUGUUGCCCCUGGCGAAAGGGAAUCUCCACCUGCAGCUGCUCCCCCUCCAUACCGUUGCCUGAGCCACCAAGGCCAUGCUCGUUCUAAUAGCCAACGAUCGAUCACAGAGGAUCCAGACUCUGUUCUUAACCAGUCCGAGGCCGCAGCCCGUAGGAGUCUAAUAUUGGCAGCCACAGCUCCACCCCUGCAAGUGUUCUGUGAACACAGGCCCUCGGCUGCGACCAACCCAGCCUCUAGCACCUCCCAUCCUGGAGAGCCCAACCUGAGCCCCUCUCAUAGCCAGCCUCCUGCUCCUCCAUCCUCCACCUCCUCUGCUCAGCCACCGCCGCAAGAGAGGCGGUCAUUUACUCGCAAGGUCGUCCACGCCCUCUCACCUAAAGCCCCCAAGUCCCCACCGCUGGACAUAUCUGACCCCAUUGCCAUCAGUGUGCCUGCUAAGGUACUUGAAAUGAUUGGUGGCCGUGCAGGUGAAUUGCAGCCGGGGACACCGAGCGGUGGACCUUCCCAGCCCCCACAGAUGAUAUCGAUGCUUUUGAGAUCAUGUGACUUCCAGUUGACAGAGAGCUGUCAGCAGGAGAUUUGCAGUAAGCUGGGCCCCGAGGCAAAGAUUAAGGGCCCAAGUAUCAUGGGACCCACUGGAGCCCCUUUGCCCUCUCAGCAGCCCCCUCCUCCCCCACCCAAAAAUCCAGCACGCCUCAUGGCCCUGGCACUGACUGAGAGCGCCAACAAAGCACUGCGGCAGGGAGCGUCACCCCCCUAUCGCCCUCGUCAGACUGGAUCCUCAACCGAGACAACGGACCCCCGCUUCCAGCGUUCACUCUCUGCCGACGCAGGCGAGCUGCUGUCCUCUGACCCUAAUCAGGUCUAUUCCACUGUGCGCCCCCUAUCUGUGUGGAUGGCCGAGGGCAAAGACACAACCACUGAACAGCCUUUAGAUACGUCACAUGAACCAGAGGAGAAAUCACCUCCAGGACAGGAUACUGGGACUCUGUCAUCUGUCUCUGAUUCUGGGGCAUCCAACUCUGAGCUGUCCGCAGGCAGUUCCUCGGGAGACAAUGAGCAGACUCCCAGCCCUGUCUAUAAGAACCAGCAGCAACUUCCUCCAACUCAGACACAGUCCCCAAAAUCCAGCCCGACUGCCAUCACUGAAGCACCCCAGCAGAGGAAGCCCCCAGCUUAUUCACGUCAGUUCUCUGCUCCCCACCUCCAGCAGCAGAAGAGCAAUGUCCAGCCCAAAGCCCCAUCCCAGCCACACACCCAACUCAUGCACUCCAAGUCUGAGAGCUCCCCGCUGGCCCAGGUCCAUGCCUUCCAACCCACACGACCUAAGGUACCUCCAAAACCCUUGGAUCUUGCACCCCAAAGGGCACCGCUCUCUAAGACUGACCGACAUGAUUACAUGCGGCGGUCCCUAGACGCUACACGCAUCCGUCGUAUGGUGGGGCCACCGCAGGGCAACCCGCCUCUUUCCAGGGCAUUCUCUGAGCGAAUCAGCAGCACAUCAGACAUGCUCUCUCGCUACCAUGCAGCCAGGAUGGCCAGCCAGGCAGCACAAGCACCACAACAGCAACAGCCCCAUCAUCAUCAUCAUCAGGCCUCCCAGGCUUCCUCUGAGGACCCAGGGAAGAUGGAGAACUUCUACUAUGAGAUCGGUGCUCCUGAGCAUCCAGAGGCACCGCCCAGCUAUGCACGGCACAGCUACCAGAACAUGAGGCUCGACCUGGAGGGCAACUAUCGGUUGUCGGAUCCAGCCAACCAAAGGCCUCUCUCAAGGGGUCACCACCUUCCCCAGGGAAAGCUGUGGUCCUCGGAGGCGACCCGAGCCUGGGCUGCGGCGCACUCCCAUUCUUUCUCUUUCUCCCAUGCCCACUCCCAUCAUCAUCCCCAGGAGGGGUCACCCCUGCACCACGCUCACCCUCGCCUUCAACGGCAGAUCUCUUCCUCGGUAAGACUUGCCCGUAACGAGAUGCAUCCCCUUCCUGCCACUGCCGGACUGGGCUCCGCAGGGAUGGUACCACUGUCUGUACAUCAUCAGCGCAGUCUUCACCGCCCUCAGCGCUCUCCCUCUGCUGACCUCACCCUUUCCCAGCUGCAUCCCUACUUUGAGAAUGGGAAAGUCUGCUAUCGUUACUUUGAAGCCUCUAAGCCAGGGGAGGUGCCACUGAACCAGCCUGUACUGGUGAAGCAGUCCCAUCCACCUCAGCCUGCUCCUACACAGGCACCUAAAUCUCUUUUUAAAGACCAGUCUGAGCCCAUCUAUGUGAAUUAUCCCUUCACCAGCCCACCCAGUGUGGGCACUAAUACCAAAAGCUGGAUCACUACCGACCUUGACGGAGAUGCCCAAACGUCUGAACCGUUAGCUCCGCCAACAGAGCCACCACCUGAGGACAAGCAAGGAUCUCCCCAGUAUGAACAGAAGAGUCCCACGACUGAUUUUGACAGCACUGGCCAAAAAGACUUGACUAUGGACUCCAGGGAAGAAGAGUUACUGACAGCAUCUUCUGGCAUAACACACUUGCGCAGCCGUUCUGACCCACAGAGCUCCAGCUCUGAACCCAGCGCCAACCUGACAGGGAAGGAGAUUGCCUCUUUACUGAUUGAGAAGCUAGCAGAGGAUGAGAGAGAAGGUCCCAGCACAGUCACCUCCUCCUCUGCCUCCUCUUCUCCCCAAAUUGAGCACCCCCCUAACCCCUACCCUAGCCAACAUCAGCAGCCUCCUCCUGCAUACAACAUCUACACACCAGGCCCUUCCCGGAGCCGUUUUGAGGGUCAUGGGUCACCAAAAGAUGGGUCAGGGGGUUUCCAUCGCCAAGACCCCUUGCGAAGGUCUGCUGGAGCCCAGUACAGACAAGUCUUUGAUGUCAUGCCAUCUGGAGAUCAAGUCCUCAAAUUUUAUCGAAGCCAGGACUUCAUCCCUGGUCCACAAGGAGACAGCACUACACCUAACCCUUAUCCUUCCAGACCACUUUACCAGGACCCACCUUAUCCUACCCGAACCCCUCAGGACCAUCGAGUCCACCAGGGGCACCCAGACCCUCCCCACCCUCCUACUCCCCCAUCUGUGGCCUUCUCAAACUUGGCGCUAGGGACUCCACGAAGAUAUGCGACUCCACCAGGGGGGUUCCAGAGUAUGGCAGGCCAAUACAACCAGUAUCCAUUCCAGUAUGGCCCACCACCUCCUCAGUACCCACAUGUGUCCCGCAGGGAUGUGGUCCUUGACCCCUCAUUCCGACCUCCAGGGCAUCGCAACCAGAGAGGCCUGGCCCGCCAGGGCAGCCUUCCAGGGCCUAACUGGACCAUCCACACUGAAGGCCAAACACGCAGUUACUGCUGA